UGGCGCAGUCGCCCAGCAGUUCAGGAAGCGUCUGGAGGAGUGGAGAGGUGGAGUGGCGAGUGAUUUAACGCCAUGGACAGAAUCGCUAAAGAUGUUGGGGACAUUCAGUCCAGGCUGUUUGAUCACAAGCCGGUCCUCCAAGGGGAGAUUCGCUACUUCGUAAGAGAAUUUGAGGAGAAGCGAGGCCUGCGGGAGAAGCGGCUGCUGGACAACGUGAACAGCAUGAUUAGUGAAGUCCACGGCCGAGGCGUCCCUGAGCUACAGGACAGCAUGCAGAGCAGCACCAGUGCGAUUUUAAUGAGACUUGAAGCCGCCAAUCACAUGACUCAGAGGAUCCUCCAGAGGGACUCGGUCAAAGAGCAGAGUGACAGUCCGCCGGCCAGCAGAGAGAAGUACCAAAGCGAAUGGGAGGAAUUCAUGAAGGAGCAGACGCGCAGGAAGGAGGAGGUCGACGAGGAGCACGCCAAGGCCGUGACCCGGCUCAGUGCCCACUAUGGCGAGCUGGAGAGGGACUUGGCCAAGUUCACCACCUUCUGAUCUCUGAACUGUCACCGCCGAGACGUCACUCCAGUGCAGCACUGAUUUGUUAGGUGACAGUGAGGAGAGGAAGCCUAAAAAUGUACCCGGUGGAUACAGGAUGCCAAUAAAGAGAGGACUGAGGUAUGAUGGCAGAGUGUGGCGCAGACCCGCAGCAAUGGCGAGCUCCAGAUAAACGCAGAUCACGGUGCCAGAAGUGACGACAUGUCAGCCAUGUUGUGUGCCAUCUCGGUGUGUUCACUGCCCGUCACUGCAGCUCAGGGUCAGCCACCGCAUGUCGUUUCUUAACUGAAGAAGGGCAGCGAUGGCAGAAUGGAGUGGCGGGUCUUAGUAGACGACGUCCUUUAAUGCCACUUUACGAACUCGGCCCUGAUAUUCUGAAGGUGGCUCAACAGAUGGAGGAUUCCAGUUCAGGGCACGUCAGAGUGGCACAGUUGUUGUCCCGUUGUUAAUUACGGCUGACGUGUGGCUCCUUGUAGUUCAAAAUGACGACCCAAACUUCUUCAGCGUGCCACCCGAUGGAGAGUGCAGGUCUGUGGCUGUGACCGCAGUGGGGCUUUUAGGUGACGUCUGGUGGCCCCGCCAUAUUGAAUCACUCGAGUGAACCCCUAAAUGUGUGUGUCUGUUCACUGGCAGCGUGACGUGGCACCGCGCCGCGCCUGACAACCCCGUCCAGGAUUCAUGUCUUCGUCACCUAGAAGUGCAAACCUGGACUGCUACGAAAUACAAGGCUGAAAUUUAAAUUCGAUUAAUCAAAUGCAACAAUCGGAGGGGAGCGGGCAGUGCCAAAGGUGGCACCACUCACGUGGAGCUGCGUGCAAAGGCAUGUAGGUGACGGAGGAGCCCCUCUGGUCUGGCUGGGUGGUCCGUUACACUGAUUUUAGUUGCUGUCGCUGUGCCCGACUCGAUGUAAAUGACUGGUAGAGAGGGGACAGCAGAUGGGGUGGUGCUGGGUGGCUCACACUACCACCCUUCUCUGGGGUUUGCCAGACCAGAACGAGUUGGCAUUGAUGUCGGAUGGUUUUCUGCUGCGUUGUCUCAGGUGGUCCACAUGCCAUCUUGCCAGUUUUUCCUUCUUCUUUCAUUCAUUCACACAGUAACUUUUUUUUUUUUUACUUUUACGGUCGCCCAUAUCAUGCCACUUGCCCGCUGUGCCGCCACAUCCCCAGUUUUAUAGAGGGCAGAUCAAGUGGCGCCAACGACCCCGCAGGUACCUCGAUGUGUGGCCAUCGAAUGAGCCAAAGACGGAAAGACACAAAAUACCCAAAUUAAAGGCCCGUUUGGCACCCCCUGCCUGUCUGUGUGAAGGCCAUCAGCGUCACCAAUCGACCGACCGGUGCCUCUCAACGGGACAUUCGAAAGCCGCGGGCAGUGACGAGGAGUGAACUUCACCCACAGAGAGGGCGGGUGCCAAGUGCCGGCAAACAAUGCGACCGCUUGCUGCUGUUAAGACAAAAUCAGGUAUUUUAGAAUUUGUGUAAAACGUAAGAAGCUGAACUUGUGGUUCUGGUUAGCCAUGCAAGGGAGAGCCAAUCACAUCGGUUAUAUGGCGCCUUUAACAGCCGGUCACUAGUGACACCCCAGAGAGGGCGACGUGUUGUGUGCCGAUCAGCAGACGCAAGUAAGAAUUUCACCGGACCCUGCAGAAGUGACAGGAAUGACUUUUAAUUCACACAAUUGAAUAACAAAUGGCAGUGCCAACUGGCAGGUCACGUCUCAUUGUCUCAUUACAUACAGCAGUGUAUGGACUCGACAAGAAAAAGAAAUGUGUGGCCAGCAGAGGGCGCCAGUGCCACAAAUAGUGACGGGAAUCGCAACGGUGACACAAAAAGCUGUUUGAGGAGCUGCACGCGGCAGAACACACUCAGUAAUCUCCUGCUGGGUCCAUGUGGCAUUGGUAGAGGAAAGUUUUAGAAGAAUCCACCUUGGUGUCUGUCCGGCUGCUAUGCCUCUGCCAUUCCAACAGGUGGCACAUCAUAAACAUGUGUAAUGCACUGACACAUUCUGCCUGGCAGACCAGACGGGUGGCACCACUAGUUGUCCUGUAAAUGUGUAAGCCUGGUUGGUAUUCACUCCGAGUACUGCGUUGUCUUUUUAACAGCCCACCCAAUUGUGUUUUAGUGUAUUUGUCACGACGAGUGGCCCGCCAGGUCUUUAGACAAAGGGGACCCCUAAAGCACCAUUUCUAAACUGCGCUGCAAUGUAAUAAAAUCAGUAAAUAAAAAUAGAUUAACGUAA